ACGGCCCCCGACACUUCCGCUAAGAGAGCUGCAUCUCUUGGAGAUCUCAGAUGGGAUCGACGGUCCAGAUCCAUCCAACUCACCGGACCCCAUCCAGUAUUUAAAUCUACUUUUUUACCUCCUUCUUCCUCAGCUCUUAAUUCUCUCGCCGAGUUUCUCGACUCUUCUUACCAGAGUCCAGUCGAAGUGGAGAGGAUACAGAGAAACUCGGAGGUUCAAUGCAAGAACGACGUCGUCUGAUCUCUUGUAUAGAUCGGAUCUGACUCUGACUCUGACUCGUUAUUUGUAUUGGUUUCAAUUUCAACGUCUUUAUUCGUCUUCUUCCUGCUGAACGAAGUCAACGAAUCAGAGGGCGUUUCGACGAAUCGGAACUUCUAUAGCUGCGGAUCUAGUGGUUAAAGGAAGAGAUAAAGAUCUCUUUUGGUUGGAUCUGUGGCUGUGAUUUGUUCGAAGAGUUCUUUGUAGAUCAGCUGUGAAGUGGAGUUUGGUUGUUGAAGGGCUGAGAUGGCGCCGAGUAGCAUAAGGAAAGCGAUUGGGAGCGUCAAGGACCAGACGAGCAUUGGAAUUGCGAAGAUUGCGAGCAAUAUGGCGCCGGAUCUAGAAGUGGCGAUUGUGAAGGCAACGAGUCAUGACGACGAUCCGGCGGCGGAGAAGUAUGUGCAAGAAAUCUUGAACCUCACUUCGUCCUCGCAUGGUUACGUGAAUGCUUGUGUGGCGGCAGUGUCGAAGAGAUUGGGAAAAACUAGGGAUUGGGUUGUGGCGCUGAAGGCGCUUGUGCUUGUGCAUAGGCUGUUGGCGGAGGGUGACCCGGAGUUUCAGAGGGAGAUUUUGUAUGCGACACGGAGGGGAACGAGGUUGUUGAAUAUGUCGGAUUUCAGGGACGAGGCCCAUUCGAAUUCGUGGGAUCAUUCUGCGUUUGUGAGGACUUUUGCUAUGUAUCUUGACCAAAGACUUGAAUUGAUCUUAUAUGAGAAGAAGAGCAGUAGCGGUGGCAGUGGUGGAGGGGAUGAGAGGUUUGGGACGAGGGAGGAACGUUGGAAGUCGCCUCCGAGUCGGGUUAAUGAAUAUGAUUAUGGAGGAUAUAGAGAUGAGCCCAGUUCUGGAAAUUAUGGGAUGAGGCGGUCCAGGUCAUAUGGGGAUGUGGGGGAGUCGAGCGGGAGAGGGGGGCGUGACGGGCAGGAGGGGAAGAGAGCUGUAACCCCAUUGAGGGAGAUGAAGCCUGAGAGGAUUUUCGGGAAGAUGGGUCAUUUGCAGAGGCUUUUGGAUAGGUUCUUGGCGUGUCGGCCAACAGGGUUGGCCAAGAAUAAUAGGAUGGUUUUGAUUGCUUUGUAUCCUGUUGUUAGGGAGAGUUUUCAGUUGUAUGCGGAUAUCUGUGAGGUUUUAGCAGUUUUGCUGGAUCGCUUUUUUGAAAUGGAGUACCCAGAUUGUGUUAAGGCCUUUGAUGCAUAUGCCAGUGCGGCAAAGCAGAUUGAUGAGCUUGUGGCAUUCUAUAAUUGGUGUAAGGAUACAGGUGUGGCGAGGUCAUCUGAAUACCCGGAAGUUCAGAGGAUCACCGAUAAGUUGUUGGAGACCUUGGAGGAGUUUGUGAGGGACAGAGCUAAGGGACCAAAGAGUCCAGAGAGGAACGAGGAACCACAGCCCGUGGCUCGAGAGGAGGAGCCAGUGCCAGAUAUGAAUGAAAUAAAGGCGCUUCCUCCACCAGAGAAUUACACUCCUCCACCUCCACCCCCACCUGAGCCAGAACCUAAACCACAACAACCGCAAGUGACAGAAGACUUGGUGAAUUUGAGGGAUGAAGGGGUGACUGCAGAUGAUCAAGGUAAUAGGUUUGCUCUGGCGCUGUUUGCUGGUCCAGGGGCAAACAACACAAAUGGGUCAUGGGAAGCAUUCCCGUCAAAUGGGCAACCCGAGGUGACCUCUGCUUGGCAGACACCAGCUGCUGAAACUGGUAAGGCAGAUUGGGAACUGGCACUGGUCGAGACAGCAAGCAAUCUAUCAAGGCAGAAAGCAACCUUGGCUGGUGGAUUUGAUCCAUUGCUCUUGAAUGGCAUGUAUGAUCAAGGAAUGGUAAGGCAGCAUGUGAGCACUGCUCAAAUGACUGGAGGCAGCGCCAGCAGCGUGGCAUUGCCUGGCCUGGGAAAGAGCACGACCCCUGUAUUGGCUCUCCCAGCCCCAGAUGGAACCGUUCAAACAGUUGGACAAGAUCCAUUUGCUGCAUCCUUAAGCAUUCCCCCUCCGUCGUAUGUGCAGAUGGCUGAUAUGGAGAAGAAACAACAGUUUCUUUCGCAGGAACAGCAGCUAUGGCAGCAGUAUGCAAGAGAUGGGAUGCAAGGCCAAGCCAGUUUGGCCAAGUUGGCUGGUGCUGGUUACUAUGCUCAGGGUCCUAUGCCAAUGAUGCCUUAUGGGAUGCCGCCCAUCAAUGGAAUGGGACCACCGGGCGGGUAUUAUCAUACUCAUUGAUUUUCCCCCUUUUUUCUAUAGAUGAUCUCUUUGUUUCUUUAUAUUCUCUUUGUAGUUGUUUUGUUAAAAAAUCUGUUCUUAUUCCUGCAAUUUAUGCUCAAUGAUGGGAGGAAAAGGGAGACUGAGCCGAAGAGUAUGGGGAAUUUUAAUGUUGGAGGCUGUGUAAUACAAUUGUGAUGUCUCUGUGUGUUUGUAAUAUUAGAGUUUUCUUGACAUCUUUAUAUCAAUGUGACACCCCUUGUUUUUACCUUCUAGAAUAAGGGACUAACUCAAA